AUGGCUCAAUCACGGUCUGCUAGGUACAUUGGCCAUGCUCUCGAAGAGCUGGGACUGACCACCAUGUGGCAAUCUUCUCUCGACGUGAAGCUGCUCUGCGCCCAGCGGUUUGUACGCCUGUUCGCGUACGGUGGCUCGACGCUCAUCCUAGCAUCAUACCUUUCGGCUAUUGGAAUCUCCGAUGACCGGAUUGGAUUGUUCAUGACCCUGACCCUGGUCGGAGACGUGGUCAUCAGCUUCUUCCUGACCCUUUUUGCGGACCGCAUGGGUCGAAAGGCAGUCUUGUCACUCGGGUCAAUCCUCAUGGCAGGCAGCGGUGUGAUCUUUGCUCUGUUUGGGAAUUAUUGGAUUCUGUUGGCAGCGGCAGUCUUUGGUGUUAUUAGUCCCAGUGGAAAUGAGAUUGGUCCGUUCCGCGCCGUGGAAGAAUCCACUCUCGCACAUCUCACCGCACACGAACGGUUGAGCGAUGUCUUUGCGUGGUAUUCUCUCAUUGGAACGGCGGGGUCGGCCCUAGGCAUGCUGGUGUGCGGUUGGAUCAUCAACUCCCUCGAGUCGAUCCACGGGUGGGCGUUCAUCCCCGCCUGCCGCAUCAUUUUCUUCGUCUAUGCCGGGGUUGGGGUUAUCAAGCUCAUCUUCACCCUAGGUCUGAGCGGCAAGGUCGAGGUUCAGAAGCCAGAACCGAGUUCCGAGACUCGUCCUUUGUUGGCAGAGCCCACGGAAGAGGCGCCAGCACCGGCACCAAAGAAGAGCCUCUUCCCCUCGAUCGAAAAGGAUUUGUGGUCGUUGGUUAUUCGUCUCUUCAUUUUGUUCGGUGUAGAUUCCUUUGCUUCCGGGCUGGCCUCUCUGUCCUGGAUGACCUACUUCUUCAAGGGUAAGUUUAACUUGCCUGAGGGCCAACUCGGUACGAUUUUCUUCACCACGAACCUCAUCUCCGCGGCAUCCAUGCUCGUCGCCUCCUCUCUGGCCAAGCGUAUCGGGAACGUCAAGACGAUGGUAUUCACGCACAUGCCCUCGGCCAUCUGUCUGGCUCUGAUCUCUGUCCCCUCGACUCUUCCCUUGGCUCUUACCUUCCUGGUCUUGCGCGCCUGCUCCCAGAACAUGGAUGUGGCACCGCGUUCUGCAUUCCUCGCCGCUGCACUGCCAUCUGACAAGCGCACUGCCAUCAUGGGGGCGGUCAACGUGGUCAAGACCACUUCGCAGAGCAUGGGACCUUUGUUGACGGGAAUUCUAUCGCGCCAUGGUCAUUUCGGCGUCUCCUUCAUUAUUGCUGGAUGUUUGAAGGUGGUCUACGAUCUAGGCAUGCUCUUCAGCUUUGCCGGCAAAGAGGCCGCUCGUCGUAAGCAGACCCCGCAAGAGGACGAAGAGACCAGCUAG